AUGGCCGACUGUGAAGUGGAUUUGUUCCGUGAUACGUGGGUGCGUUACUUGGGUUACGCUAAUGAAGUGGGUGAGUCGUUCCGUUCCCUGGUGCCCGUCAAGGUGGUGAGGGCCAGUUAUGCCGUUGCAUUUGCUUAUGCUUUUGCUGACACUGCAGAUAAAAGUUGGAAGAUGUUCCAAAAAGAUGGACGACCAAGGAAAGUUCUCAUUGAAACAGGGGACGCCCUGUUGUGGCAAACGUUAGCUUCCGUUGUUAUUCCUGGACUUACUAUUAAUAGGAUUUGCUCAUACACCAAUAACUUUCUUCAAAAAAAUGCCAAGAGGAUACCCCUCACUCCUCGAAGUCUCCUCACAGUGGGUGCUGGACUCGUCUCGAUUCCUUUUAUAGUUCAUCCAAUUGACAAUGGAGUUACAUUAUUUAUGAAUAUAACUUAUCGUCGAUUAGAGCAACAAAAUAUAUCGAAAUCGACAAUCGGACGCCAGAAGGUAUCGGCGACGGAGGAGUGUAGCGGAUCUGAAGGACUGUCGCUUCCGAGGGAUGUUUCGGCAGGCGAGGCGACAAACUUUGCCGAACGCGAAGCGUUCCUAGGAUAA